CGCCCGCCCGCCCGCCGCUCUCCGCGCCCGGCCCCGGCGCCCCGGGCCUCCCGCCCGCUUCAUGGCUGCGCACGAAUGGGACUGGUUCCAGCGCGAGGAGCUCAUCGGACAGAUCAGCGACAUCCGAGUCCAGAACCUGCAAGUUGAGAGGGAAAAUGUGCAGAAGAGGACCUUUACGCGAUGGAUAAAUCUACAUCUAGAGAAGUGCGACCCACCUCUGGAAGUGAAAGAUCUGUUCAUUGAUAUACAAGAUGGCAAAAUCCUAAUGGCUUUGUUAGAAGUCCUGUCUGGGCGAAAUCUGCUGCAUGAGUACAAAUCCUCGUCCCAUCGUAUUUUUCGGUUGAACAACAUAGCGAAAGCACUUAAGUUUUUGGAAGAUAGCAAUGUCAAACUGGUUAGCAUUGACGCAGCAGAAAUAGCCGAUGGAAACCCAUCUCUGGUUCUCGGGCUGAUAUGGAACAUAAUCCUCUUCUUCCAGAUUAAGGAGCUCACGGGCAACCUCAGCAGGAACUCUCCAUCUUCCAGCCUGUCACCUGGCUCGGGGGGCACAGACUCAGAUUCUUCCUUCCCUCCCACACCCACCGCAGAGAGGAGCGCGGCGAUAUCGGUGAAAGACCAGAGGAAGGCCAUCAGGACCCUGCUGGCGUGGGUGCAGAGGAAGACCAGGAAGUAUGGCGUGGCGGUGCAGGACUUUGCGGGCAGCUGGAGAAGUGGGCUGGCCUUCCUGGCUGUGAUCAAGGCCAUCGACCCCAGCCUGGUGGACAUGAAGCAGGCCCUGGAGGACUCCAUGCGGGAAAAUCUGGAGAAGGCUUUCCGCAUCGCGCACGACGCCCUCCACAUCCCCAGGCUUCUGGAGCCCGAAGACAUCAUGGUUGACACACCGGACGAGCAGUCUAUCGUGACUUACGUGGCACAGUUUCUAGAACAUUUUCCGGAGUUGGAAGCCGAAGAUUUUGUGGAUUCAGAUAAAGAAGCCCCUAUUGAAUCCACCUUUGUCCGCAUCAAAGAAACCCCUUCUGAACAGGAGAGCACAGUCUUCCUUCUGAGCGAAAAUGGGGAGCGUGCUUACGCGGUCAACCAUGAAAUCAGCCACCCGCCACCCUCCAAAGUCUUUGUCUGUGACAAGCCUGAGAGCAUGAAGGAGUGCUACCUGGGCGGCAUCUCCAGCCGCACGCUGUCAGACAGCACCUCCGAGUUCAUGCACCAGAUCAUCGACCAGGUCCUCCAAGGGGUCCCAGGUAAGACCAUCAGCAUCAGUGAGCCAUCUCCAGAAUCUUCCAUCCUAUCAUCCAGAAAGGACAACCGGAGGUCCAACUCUUUGCCAGUCAAGAAAACCGUGCACUUUGAGGCUGACACCUACAAGGAUGCUUCCUGCAGUAAGGACGCCGCCUACAGUCAAGACUUUCGCUUUGAAGGGAGCCCAAGGGGGACAGAGGAGUUGUGGAAGCAGGAUGGACACAUCUUGGCGGUGGAGGUAGCCGAGGAUAGGAUGAAACAGGAGGAGCCUGAGAUCCUGGAAGCUGCCUCUGAUGAGGCCCCAGGUGACAUUUCCUUGGCGCGUGGUAAGAUCAGUCAUUCUGAGACGUCUCAGAGUCCUCCCUCCUGGAAUGGGGCAUUGGAGAGGGCAGCCAGCCAGGAGGAAGGAGGUCGUCCCCUCUCACCCCUGGGAGAGAGCACUGUCAUGGCCGACUCCUUGGAGAUCAAGGUUAAGCUGCAGACUGUGGAAGCUAUGGAUGAAGGAGACUAUUUCGAAGGCAUCCCAUUAAAAGCCUCUAAGUUUAGCAGCGACCUAGUAGAUUUUGCCUCGACCAGCCAGGCUUUCAAUGAGGUUCCUUUGCUCCAUGAGAAAAAACCUGCUGAGGAUGAGGUUUUGGAGGAUCAUGGUGAGAAACUGGGCAAAAGGAGAGCAAAAUCUGCGCAGAAAGAAGAAGAUUCAGAUGAGCCCCCAGUGAAGCUUGACAUGCGAGACCCCCGCAAGGACCCUGAACGAGAAGAUGAAGACUAUUCUUUGGCCCCAGAGGAGGCACCAGUGGAGAAAAAGCCGGAAGUCUAUGAGAAGGCGAAGCGGAAGUCCCCACGUCGCCGGCAGGGCGAGGACGAAGGGGAGGCCGAGGGCCUCCGGGCGCUUGGCGGAGAGCUGCUUUCCAACCCGCCGAGCCGCAGUGUCAGCUUGGAGACCCUCCAGAGUCACAGCGAAGAAGGCCUGGACUUCAGACCCUCCCCACCCCUCUCCAAGAUCUCCGUCAUCCCCCACGAUCUCUUCUACUACCCGCACUACGAGGUGCCCCUGGCCGCCGUUCUGGAGGCUUACACAGAAGGCGCGGAGGAUUUGAAGAACGAAGAGAUGGACCUCGAAGAACCAGAGGAGUAUCUGUGUGACCUGGGGUCCAGGGAGGAGGCCGAGGCCUCUCAGAGCAGCUGCAGCUUCUCCGGGCUGGGCGAGGACCCCUCCGAGGCUGGCUUCCAGGCGCCAUCUCUGGACAGGGGUGCAGACCAUGCCAGACCGGCCUCGGAACCCGCUCCCCCAUCCCCCCAAGAGGACCACCAGCAAAGGGAGGCUGAGGAGAGCGCCCCUGUGGAGAGCCAUGAGUCUCAGGAAUCCCAAAACUUGGAAAACCUAGCAAACCCUUUAGAAGCAAAGGUAACAGAAGAAUCAGUCAGCAGUAAAAAAAAGGAAAAAAGGAAACAUGUGGACCACGUAGAAAGUUCGAUAUUUAUAGCACCCGGAACUGUUCGCUCUUCAGAUGACCUAGAAGAAGACACUGGCGACCACAGAGUCCCUUCCAGGACUAGUCACAGUGACUCCAGCAUUUACAUUCGACGACAUGUUAAUAGGUCUUUGGAAUCGGAUCAUUUUAGCUAUGUUCAAUUGAGGAACGCAGCCGAUCUGGAUGACAGGAGAAACCGAAUGUUAACCAGGUACAAUACUGAGAAGCUCACUGAGCUGAUUUUACAGUUUUAUGGCAUCAGAGCAGACAUGAAGAGGGAAUACAAACAUACCAGGAUGUCUAUGAAAGAAGGCCAACAACUCUGGAGAAGCCACAUCGCGGGAGAGCCACAGCCCCCAGAGCGACUCGCUCACCCAGUUGGUCCAGCAGCCGGAUAUGAUGUAUUUUAUCCUCUUCCUCUGGCUCCUGGUUUACUGCCUGCUGCUCUUCCCACAGCUGGACGUCAACAGACUCUGAUCGUGUGUCUGCAUAAUUAAAAAGACAGGACCCUGACCGGGUCACUCCCUUCCUCUUCUCCAGGAGGAAUUAUGUGACAGGGGAAGAGGACAGUUUGGGAAUUCAGUUCAAGUUCCUGCUCUGUCACCAGAUAUCUGGAUGGUCUUGGGCAAAUGAACCUCUCUGAGCAUCUUCUGUGCAGAGAAGACUCAGGACAUGUUUGUUGAAUGGAUGACAUACGAUGCUCAGGAGCUCCUCGUUCUGCAUUUCCCUCCCCUCUAAGCUUUGAAUGUACCUCCUUUCCUAACAUUCAGUUUGCCUUAGCUUCUUCCAGCUUCUGUCCAGUCUGUCCACUCCACCUUCGUCUUGCCAGCCCCUCUGUCUCAAAUCUAACUCAUGCCUUUUACAAGGGGAAGUUGAAGCCGUUGUAUCCUCAUUACUAAUUGGCAGCUUACAGCACUCCUGGGAGGUGGUUAUUUCAGAGAGGAAAGUAAAGUGCAGGAAGGAAUAAGAACAAGGUCCUAGAGCAUGUUAAGUGGCAGAACCCGGAACAUAGGAAAUUCUGAUUCUUGGUGACUUUGGCCUAGUUGGCAAGUGUGGGUGGAAAUUCUCUGAGUUGGGAAGGUGGCGAGCUGUAUUAGUUGUGUUGCAGGCCCCCAUCUCGUAUCCCGUGUCCCCGUCGCAAGUUUCUGCACCUUGACUCCCAACCUCGUGUCAAAACUUCUUAAAUAUACUCUUCACACUCACAUAAAAAUGACUGAGGACACUCAAAUUCAUGUUUUAGCCUACGGUUGCAAAUUUGCAACCAAAAUGACUGCUCUAAUGGGCCUUUAGCAGUAAAAUCUCAGUGUCUAAUGUCAGAGAUUUCAGUGACUUCAAUUAACUGUACAUCCUGCCUGCAGCUAACCAUCUCUCUACCUCCAGCACGUGCUUUUCAGCCUAGGAAAUUAGGCUUUCUCCUUCAAAAAGCAAAUUUAUUUCAUUGCGCUGGUCAGAGCACAAUUCAAAUGGGGAUGGAGGGUAUAAGUGUGGCUUACUGGGAUGAAGUCGUAAUGCAUUGGCUGGUAGACUGGGAUCAUCAUUUUUCCUUUGUUUUAAAUGUAGAAGUCAUGAUUUUUGCAUUGUUGCAAAGACAAAUAGAAAAAUAUCUUUUGAUAGGUUUGUUCCAUCUGCAACAGCUAUCACUUCUUUUAGCCCCAUCAAAGGUCAAUAAGAGCAUGUUCUCCACAAGAGUAGGCUGUGAGAAAGGACAGCCAUGCAAUGCCUGUGUUCCCAAAUGUCAUGCGAAGAUUGAAACACUUUUUUAAAGAAAACUCUGAGAGUGUCUGUAACCUAGAGAGUUGACAUUGUUCCCAAGUAGGACAGCACUGGCCUCGGCGUCAGAAACCCGCAUCCUAGUUCCUGCUCAUCUGCUGUGACACCUUGAAUAAUUCAUUUACCUGUCUGGCUCGGGCGUUGGAAGACUUCUUUUUAAAAGUUCUUCCUGGGUUUAAAAAUCCAAAGGUUAGCAAGUUAGAUUUUUUUUUUUUUUGAAUCUCAGUAAGUGGCCUAUUUGCUUAAAAUAAAUGCAUCUCUGUGCUUGUGAGUGAAUUCCAAAGCUCAGAGCAUUGCUUCCCAGCUUUAGUAUCUAAGAAAGGUGCCUUCGGAAAGAGUUGGUAAGACAAAGGUGGUCUGUUAGAGGUGUGGGACUGAAUGUUUGGGAUAGAAUGUGGGGGAUCUGCUUCCUAGGGCCCCCAGAACUAAACUGGGCUCUUUAAGUUAAGUUAGCGCGUCUGACGCAGUUUCCCAGGGGAAUUUCUUUCAAAUUCAGAAGUUCAGCUGCAGGAAUAAAUAGCUGUAAAGGUCUGGAUAUUUCUACUCCUCUCAUCUUUUCCCUCUUCCUCUAGCAGACUCAAAAUAACUAAGCACAGAAAUUCCACUCGGAAUCAGAGGCCGUUUGUAUCCCAGCACUGGAUCCCUUAAGCCAAAGGCUGGCACGCUUGUGUAGGAUGGAAUGUCCCUGGGUGGGCGUGGUACCUGGGGGGAGGGGUGGGAUGAGGAAGGGACCACCGGUGGGCCGUUUGCCCUUGAAACUGCACCUUAAGGUAGCUGCCCGCAUCCCUUGCAUUGGUGCUGGUCACAUCAGCCAAAGACUAACAGUAGAAAUAGAAAAAUGGUCGUUCCUACGGUACGUCGUCGGUACAGAUUCCUAAACCUGGAAACGGGUUUGUUGAGAGCAUAUUGGAUGGUGAUAGGUGUUUAUUUUUUCAAGGUCUGUAAUAUGUUUAACAGAUUUAAUGCCACGAUUUCUUGUAAUGUCAUGGCAGGACUUCAUGGACAAUGUCUGAACAUUUUUACUGAGAGCUCUAAGAGGACUAUUGAAAAAAAGUGAAACGUUAUUUUGUGGUACAAGGACUAUUUUGUCUACUUAGUAUAUACAUAGCUGUAGCUUUGUAAAAGGGAUCUUUGUAAAAAAAAACUGUGUGAAUGUGCACUCUUAUUUAUUGAUUAUUGUAAAUGAAGAUGUGACUAUUUGCGUAAUUUAUACCUGUGGGAAAUUAACUGGAGUAUUUGUUAUUUGACUGUUUUCUAUUAAGGAAUAUUGGGCUUGGUGCUACGAUGAAUGAUCUUGUAAAAUUACAUGUAUUCUUAAGAAAUUUUUGAGGAUAAAUUUCAUGAGCUGACCAUCUCA